AUGCAAGAUACAAUAUCAUUAAAUGUAUGGUGCUUGCGCAUGAGCCAAAAUAUUACUGUUUUGUUCAUAGGUCAGAAUGGAGUGUUUGAGGGAAGCGCAGAAUCAGGUCUGGGAAAUGGUAAGUGCCUACCUAAUGGUAAAUUUCUUUUUUUUUUUUUGGAACUCAAGUUUUCUUUGUAAAUUGUUUAAAAUGCCGCAAUAAUAACUAAUAUAAAUUCUUAUAAUAAUACCCUACGAUAGCCUUAAGAUUUAAUAUACAUUUAUCAUGCAAGAAAGAUAUAACUCGUAUGCGAUAACUGUUCGUUCUUUUCUUACAGGUCGGUGUAUUGAUUACAUUAGCGACACUGAGAUCAAUUUUCAAAUAGUCGAAGAUUCAGGAACAGGAGCAGUUACACGGAAAACAGCUGACUGUGUACUGCUGAAUCUGCCAUUGAUUGGAUUCAAUUUUAAAGGAAAUGACUUCACAAGAGCCUAUGUAAGGACAAGCAUACAGUUUUAUCUGUUCUUGAUAUGGGCACAAAUAUAUUUAAGAUUUUAAGUUAAUUCCUCGGUACUCAGUGCAUGUUCCUGCUGAGAAUUUGCUGAAAUUCUUCCCUGGCUUAAAGUUUAUGACAUGCUUAAUAUAAAAUCGGGAAUAGGGAUACGGUUGCGAUCGUUUAGAAGAGAUGACAAGCACGAUAUUACUACUAUAGGCAAUUGGUUGCAUACAGGAACCCCUCCUCUAUAUUUUCCAAACAUUCAUUUAACGUGAAGUAUUAUUAAUUGGCCAACAUUGAACGCAGGCUCGCGUUGUGGCGUGCAUGAAGUGUUGCCAUAACACGAUAUUUUUAAAUUUUUAAUUCUUUCAUAUAUUUUUACAACGCGGCAAAAUAGUUGAAACAUUAAUACUUUAUAUUUAACUAUACAGCUGCAAUGAAUUCCCGAAAUAUGAUACUGUAGGUAUAUGUUAUUUUCCAUUUUGUGAGGUUUGAGGAUUUCAUGUAAAAUUUAAUCUGAAUCGCUUCGUAAAAUGAUAUAGGCAAUAUCUACAUGCAUGUAUAUCUAGUAAAAGUGAACUUAUGUCUUCACCUCUUUUUAAAUAUAGAAAUUUAUAAGACAAUUUUAUAAACUAAAGCGUUGUUUUGUCGCGACCAUUAGCAACUCUGAAAUGUCUAUAUCUAAAUCUAAUUGUCACACGAAAUCCUAUCACUAUGCAAAAUUUGGUGCUUUCUUCACCCAGUGCACAAUUGUCUGACCUGGACCACUGCAUGGAAUAGCAAGGAGUAAAACAAUCCCAAUCCAAUCCCUCCAUCCCCAACUGCGACAGGUUAGGGAUUACCAUAGAGGCAAAUCUAUUUAUUAUUUGGAUGCAGUGUUAGGAGGCCAGUAUCCCUUAUCCUUCAUAUAUACAUCACUGUGCAGAAGAUUUGGAUCUCAAUCAAAGGCUAAAUUAAAUAUUUUUUAAUCGCAUCUUCUUCUAAAGCGUAUCUUUAACCUUAGUCCUGCUUUUAUACAGCAAGAAAACACUGCAUGCAUUUUUCUACAGAGUGUAGAUACUUUUAUAAGAUUUUAAUUAAAGCUACCUGUAGGCAAAAUUUUUUAAGAAUUCUAAAACCGACCCACAUGCACACUACACUCUAAACAUUAAAGUUCCUUCCAUACUGAUCGUAUUAAAGUAGAAGUCAAAAUGAUCAAUGAAAGGGAAAUAAACCACGGAUGCAGUUGUAAAUUGUCAUACAAACCUACCGGUUACACAUGCAAUCGUAUAUCCAGUUCAUUUUGCCAGGGACUUAUUUGUACAUCAUUUUUCAGGUAUGCGCGAACGGGUUAGUGAAAUUUCAGUCACGCAGUUACGAAGUAAAUCCUCGGAAUUUUGGUACCUAUGAUGGGAGUGGUGGUUCUGCUUGUCUUGCACCAUACUGGUCAUUUGUUAACUUAGAUUAUUUUCAAAGUGGAGAAUCAAAGGUGUUUUUUCGUAAAUAUGAAGACCCAAAUAACGACUUUCGUGGCGUAUUUACCGAGGCUAGGGACUAUGGCAAAACAAUAUUAAGCAAAUCGGAGUACAAUCCGCUUUGGGUAACGGUCAUAACCUGGGUCAAUCUCCGACCAAAACAACCUGGGGAUGUUACUUAUGGUGGCGUACGUAAACUGAAUUAUUCGUUAAUUAAAUAA